GCCAUUUUCAGGUGUAGCGGCGGGUCGGCCUGCGUGAACUGAGGCCGCGAUGUCGAACGGCAGUAGUAAGACGGAAGCGUGCGGGCAGGCGGUCAUCUCGGCCGCCUCGGAGUCCUAUACGGGUCGCUGCUCCUCCUCCCUGUCAGGGUUGGGCGGGCACUACACGCUGGGCCUGCUUCAGACGCCGCGAAGCACUGCGGACAGCAUCGGCGGCUUUUCCAGCGGCGGGGCGGGGCUCACUCCCUUCCGGGCUGCCGGCAGCGGUGGGAAGGAGCCGCCGCGCUCCGGAAGGGGAGAAUCGUAUCUUGGGGACAAAAGUUCUUGUGCAGAAAAUGCUAGUGCAGUGAAUUUGACAGGUGGUGGUUCUGCACGAAGCCUGAAUAACGCUUGUGUAGGAAAAGUACCCUUUUCUACUAACAGAUCUAUUGGCAGAAGCCAUACCCCUGUUACAGGAUAUUCAGUUACAUCAUCAUCUACAGCCUCUGCUCAUACUGCUGCAUCAGUUAUUGUAGCUGUAGUAGAAGGAAGAGGCCUUGCCAGAGGUGAAGUAGGAAUGGCCAGUAUUGACUUAAAGAAUCCUGAGGUGAUACUAUCACAAUUUGCAGACAAUACGACUUAUGCCAAGGUCAUUACUAAACUGAAGAUUUUAACACCUCUGGAAAUAAUAAUGCCAAACACCUCUUGUGAAGCAGGGAACACAACAAAAUUGUUUGCUUUAAUAACAGAACAUUUCAAAAAUGUGACGUUUACAACCGUACAAAGAAAAUACUUCAAUGAAACAAAGGGUUUGGAGUAUAUAGAGCAAUUAUGUGCAUCUGAAUUCAGCACUGUUUUCAUGGAGAUUCAAUCAAAGUACUACUGUCUUGCAGCUGCUGCAGCUUUGCUAAAAUAUGUUGAGUUUAUUCAGAACUCCAUUUAUGCUCCUAAGUCACUCAAGGUCCACUUCCAGGGGAGUGAGAAAACAGCUAUGAUAGAUUCAUCAUCAGCCCAAAAUCUGGAACUGGUAACUAAUAACAGAGAUUCUCGGAAUGGUCACACGCUUUUUGGUGUCCUAAAUUACACUAGAACUCCAGGUGGAAGUCGAAGACUCAGAUCCAAUAUCCUGGAGCCACUUGUUGAUGCUGAAACAAUUAAAACAAGAUUGGACUGUGUUCAGGAAUUUCUCCAGGAUGAGGAGCUGUUUUUUGGUCUUCAAGCAGUUAUCUCCAAAUUCCUGGAUACAGAACAACUGCUUUCAAUUUUGGUACAAAUUCCAAAGCAAGAUACAGCUGCUUUAAGAAGGUGUAACACAUCACUGCUAAGGGCCUAUUACAAUGCUCUUGAAGAUAGAAGGUUUGGAAUUAUACUUGAAAAGAUUACAGCUGUGAUUAAUGAUGAUACGAGAUACGCAAAAGGAUGUCUGAGUAUGAGGACCCAGAAAUGCUAUGCUGUUAAGCCAAACAUCAAUGAAUUCCUUGACAUAGCUCGUAGAACAUACACAGAAAUUGUUGAUGACAUAGCAGGUAUGAUAACACAACUUGCCGAGAAGUACAACCUACCACUGAAAACAAGUUUCAGUUCUGUGCGUGGAUUUUUUAUCCAGAUGAAUGCUGAUUGUUCAGCAUUACCCAAUGGCAAACUUCCUUCAGAAUUUACAAAGGUCACUAAAACAAGGAACACAUAUAGCUUCACUUCAGCAGAUUUAAUAAAAAUGAAUGAAAGAUGCCAGGAAUCCCUGAGAGAAAUAUAUCACAUGACCUACUUAAUAGUGUGUAAACUGCUGAAUGAGAUCUAUGAACAUAUUCAUUGUCUAUACAAGCUGUCUGACAUUGUGUCGAUGCUAGACAUGCUGCUUUCAUUUGCUCAUGCCUGCACUAUUUCUGACUACGUUCGUCCAGAAUUUACAGAUACUUUAGCAAUCAAGCAGGGAUGGCAUCCUAUUCUUGAAAAGAUAGCUAUGGAAAAACCUGUGUCUAACAAUGCAUAUCUGACAGAAGGUAGCAAUUUUCUCAUUAUCACAGGACCAAAUAUGAGUGGAAAAUCAACAUACAUAAAACAGAUUGCACUCUGUCAGAUUAUGGCGCAGAUCGGUUCUUAUGUCCCAGCAGAGUAUUGCUCUUUUCGAAUUGCAGAGCAAAUUUUUACCAGAAUAGGUAUGGACGAUGAUAUAGAAACAAAUGCCUCAACAUUCAUGAAGGAAAUGAAAGAGAUAACAUACAUCAUACAAAAUGCUAACGACAAAUCACUCAUCAUAAUUGAUGAACUUGGCAGAGGUACCAGUGCUGAAGAAGGUAUUGGUAUUUGUUAUGCUGCCUGUGAAUAUCUCUUGAAUUUGAAGGCAUUUACUUUGUUUGCAACACAUUUCCUGGAACUGUGUCAUAUGGAUGCUUUGUAUCCCAAUGUGGAAAAUUACCAUUUUGAAGUGCAGCAUGUGAGAAGCAGUGCUGGAAAGGAGAAGAUUACGUACACUUACACACUGUCGAAAGGAUAUACAGAGGAAAAGAACUAUGGAUUAAAAGCUGCAGAAGUUUCCUCUCUACCACCAUCCAUAAUUUUGGAUGCAAAGGCAAUCACAAACCAUAUUGCAAAACAAAUUUUGGUAUGUAGCAGCUAUUUAUAAAUGUAUACUGCUGUCAUUCUCAGUUUUUGCAAAACUCUGGUUUAUUUUAAAUGUUUCUGAAAGAUUACAGCAUAAACACUACAUAGGGUUUUAUGAUGACAGAUGUUAUCAAGAAAGUAACAUUUUGAUUUCUGAAAGUACUUGUAAGAGAUUUUGGUAAAGGCCUUUGUUAGGUGACAAUAGAAAGCAGCCUUUGGGGUUCAGGAGUACUGGCUGUAAUUUUGGUGUACCAACAAGAAUCAGCAGAUCAGAAAUAGCGUGGAAAAAAAGCCCUUCAAUGCUUAUAUUUUAAUAAUAGAAAGUUAUUAAUUUCCUAUUUUAAAGUAUGUGUAUGCUUUUAAGAACAGCACAGACAGAGAACCACUCCUGAGAUGAUGAAACACAGAGCUGUAUACCACUUAGCUAUGAGAUUGGUUCAGACUGCUAGAAAUUCGCGAUUGGAUUCGGAUAGCUUGCAAAUAUAUUUGAAAGGCUUGAAGAAAAAGUAUACAGCCAGUUGUCCUGCAUCUGAACGGAGCGAUGAGCAACAUUAACUCAUAACAAGAGCUGUUGAAAUAAUUUUUGACUGCAAGGUGAUUUUAUUAUUUUCCAUAGUAUUAGAGAACAGUUUUUCAUAUAUUUAUAACUUUAGUUGAAAUUGUAUCUGUUGGUAAAAGACUGUUUCUUUUUUUUUGCCAGGAAAUUACUUACUUUCUAUGUAGAACAGUUCUUUUCUUUCGAUAGUGAACAUAUUCUAUCCCUUUCAUUAUUUUAGAGACAAGAUGUAGUAUAGUUAAUCAUUUGUGCAUUAGAGAUGUGGUGUUAUGCUACUUAAUAAAAAGCAGUCUGAAACA